GUCACGUGACGCCACCUCUUCGGACUGGAGAAAGCUAGGACCUGCGGAGUCAACCAGCUACCUGGCUGAGGAUCGUUCCUUUCAGUUUUGACCACUCCUCUGCUCGAUACCUUCAGUUCUGCGUUCAGCGGGGCGGGUGGCAGAAAUAUCAGUGUUCAUUGAUUUUUUUCAUGUCUCUUUUACUCCAUAGCGUUUGAAGUCAGCUUUUACUAAGCGCCCGCCGGUGACAGUGUUUUGCCAGGCCUUCUUCCAGAGGAAGAAGACCUGGAUGCUCCUCCAUUGCUAUUUUAUCCACUUGGGUUCUGUUAUAAUCGCAGAAUCCUGCGUUCUGAAUUCCCAUUUUCUGCCUAACUCCAUUGAUUUAUUUGCUCACUUACCCGACAAUCGUUAAUUGAACGGUGUCCUAGGUCCUACUUUUCAGGCUGAAUAAGUUGCAGACCCUGUCCUCGAGUUCACAGUCUAAUAACAAGUGCAGGGUUCUUUUUCUGCUGCAUCUGAAAGCAUGGGUAGCAAGAAGCUCAGAAGAGUGGGCUUAUCACAAGAGCUGUGUGACCGUCUGAACAGACAUCAAAUUGUUACCUGUCAGGACUUUUUAUGUCUUUCCCCACUGGAACUUAUGAAGAUGACUGGCCUUAGUUAUCGAGGUGUCCAUGAACUUCUGUGUAUGGUCAGUAGAGCCUGUGCCCCACAGAUGCAAACGGCUUAUGGGUUAAAGAUGCAAACAUCUGCCUCUGUCUCACCAGUGUUCUUAGCUACAACUCUUUCUGCGUUGGAUGAAGCCCUGCAUGGUGGAGUGGCUUGUGGAUCCCUCACAGAGAUUACAGGCCCACCAGGUUGUGGAAAAACUCAGUUUUGUAUGAUGAUGAGCAUUUUGGCCACAUUACCCACCAACAUGGGAGGAUUAGAAGGAGGUGUUGUAUACAUCGACACAGAGUCAGCAUUUAGUGCUGAAAGACUGGUUGAGAUAGCAGAAUCUCGUUUUCCCAGAUAUUUUAACACUGAAGAAAAAUUACUUUUGACAAGCAGUAAGGUUCAUCUUUAUCGGGAACUCAGCUGCGAUGAAGUUCUACAAAGAAUUGAAUCUUUGGAAGAAGAAAUUAUUUCAAAGAGAGUUAAACUUGUAAUUAUUGACUCUGUUGCUUCCGUGGUAAGAAAGGAGUUUGAUGCACAACUUCAGGGCAACAUGAGAGAAAGAAAUAAGUUCUUGGCCAGAGAAGCUGCCACCUUGAAGUAUUUGGCUGAGGAAUUUUCAAUCCCGGUUAUCUUGACGAAUCAAAUUACAACGCAUCUAAGUGGAGCCCUAGCUUCCCAGGCAGACCUGGUGUCUCCAGCUGAUGAUUUGUCCCUGUCUGAAGGCCCUUCUGGAUCCAGCUGUGUGACGGCUGCCCUAGGAAACACCUGGAGUCACAGUGUGAACACCCGGCUGAUUUUCCAGUAUCUUGGUUCAGAGAGAAGACAGAUUCUCAUUGCCAAGUCCCCUCUGGCUCCCUUCACCUCAUUUGCUUAUACCAUCCAGAAGGAAGGCCUGGUUCUUCAAGUGACUCAUCUGUCGUAACUGGGUUAAAGUCCACUUAAAGAAAAGGAGAACAAAAGACCUCCUGUUAGUGCUGGAAGUUUGCCUCUUGAGAUAUCACUGAGAGGAACUGGGAAGAAAAAAAAAAAAAAAACCCCAGCAGGGCAGAGGAAGCUGCAGGCCUUCAGGAACACAGCGGCACUUUGGAAAGGCAAACACGGUGACUUUCAUCUCCAGCGCCCUAUCUGAGCUGGCCGCUCCCCUUGCUGUUGCUUUGUGACCCACUGCAGUGCUAGCCAUCAGACACAGACCAGUGCCCUGUUCCCACACUCUUCAAACAUGAGGAGGUUGUCAGGAGCUAUGGCAUUACGGGCAAAUCUCCAUAUUCAACCAACUCGAGUCUGGGGAGGAGGAGGAGGAUGGUGGUGUCAGUGGUGAUAUUAACGUAAAAAACCUACUAAGUGCCAGGCACCAUCCUAACGUUAUGUAUCACAACGCACUUCAAAAACCCCCAGGAGGCUACCAUGCUACCUCCCCAGCUGCCGCAGGAGAUGCUAAAAGGCAGAAAUCUGGUCAUGUACUCUUUGGGAAACCCACUGGCAUCAGUGCAGGUACAGGCAGGUACAGGAACCACGGGGCUGGUGGGCUUCAGGUGGGGUGGGACCAGGUUUCCAAGUGGCAUCUUCCGGAGUGCAAACUCAGACCAUCCGAACCCAAGAUGCAAGGACUUACACCCUUGCACUCUUCAAAUUAAAACAACAACAACAACAACAACAAGAAGCUGGAGAAAGACAAGACUCUACAGUUCUCUGCCGACCAAUCAGCCACACCUGUGGUACGCUUGCAUCCAUGUCCUUUAUCUGCUAGUUCUUUGAAAAUAUUAUUCUCACCUCUGGCCACCCAGACAUGAGGCAGGUCCGUACCAUGACUGCCCAUUCUAGUUUUGGUUCCUCCUCCCCUUAAUUGUAAAAAGCUGGAAUUUCUCAGCUCCAAGGCUGUGAAAGACAGAUGGGGACAUGAAGGAGAAGAUAAAAAUCCCCUGAAAGUUCCAGGUCCCUCCUCCAUCAUAAGUGUUUCAUAUCACUCUCUUUCUUCCCAGGGACCUUCCUGUCCCUCAGAGACUAGCUAGGGUCCCAGACCUCUGCCCUGCAGGAUGAUAAGACUUUCUGGGCCUUCCAAUUCAAAUAGUCAACCCUAAUCAUUCCAUUUCCUGAACAAGACUUAUUUUAGGUAAUUUAUGUUCAAACACCAAGAAUUCCUCAACAGAAACCCCCGGAUGAAAGUGUUAUUGUGCUAAUCUGUCCUCUCUUUGCUCAUGGAUAACCACAUUCCACCAAAUGCCGCAGACGGGUGUGGGAAGCCACUUACUUGCCGUGGUAGAGGUGCCAUAAUUAAGCUGCUCCGAUGCAGGGUUGGUCCUCUGCUUUUCUGUACACUGCUCUGUGACUUUGAGGGGAUUACUUGCGCUAACAAGCACGGCCUCCACAAACAAUGGGUUGAGAGGACGACUCAAAAGAAGCCGACCCAGUGCUCUCUGGGAUGCUUCUCCCUUUGACUGGCCUCACGAGGAUCAGGCCCCCGAUGGAAUCACUGGAGAUUUAGGGCUUGAUUAAACCCUGGCUUUGGGCCAACAUGCUGGUGGCCCCUUGAUUUUCCCAGGUCCACCCAAGUGGCAUAAACACCAGAGUAAGAAUAUGAACCGCUUAGCUGAUCCCACAAGAGUCACUGCUCAUUAGCUAGGAGUCUUAGUAUCACCAGCUCACAGGGUUCAACAGGCAUCAGCAUGCCCGAUCCUGGAAGGACAGCCUGACUUUAGGUUAAUUGUCCCUACAUCUGCACUCUCUGGAGCUACAGCUGGGGGGCUUUGUAGACCAACUUCACCAUUGGGAUCUUUGGGAUUCCCAUCCUUUCUUGGCCCAGUAAAGCCCAAGCUCUCCACCAGAGGCAACUAAAUCAUCUUAGUGUGCUGUCCCUGAUUAUUAUUGGCAUUUAGCGAUCAUUUUGCUUCUGAACAAAUGGUCGGAUCUUGCACAGCCCAAAGCAUAAAGAUUGGCCAUGUUCACCUACUGGAGGGCACUGGAGAAUUUCUCAUGUGAGGGUACCCAUGAAACACAAAUGGAGCAACUGCAUCCUUUCUUGGAGGAGCAACUGCAUCCUUUCUUGAGUCUGGCGAUUUUGUUGUUGCUUCGACUCAGCAUUUGCUUGUGACCCUUAAGGACUCAGAAGACAGAGUAAGCUGCUUAGGUCUCCAUAUGGCUCAGGACAGAGCAAACAAUAUUCAUUCCUCGAGCCCCAAAGCUAGCAGUCUCAGGGAUCCCCAGGAUUAUCCUGAGGCUACCCCCGAAAGCAUGAACCCCAUAGUUGGUCUGUCUCAUAGCCAAGUCUCACCAGGAACCUGCAUGUCCUGGCAAGAUGUGGGUGACUUAGGAAUGGCCUAACAACAGAAGGGGGAGAGCCAGGUAUGACACCUCCCACCCUGACCAGCUGUGUGAUCUUGGUUCUCAUCUCUGCCGUAGUAUCCAUGCCCAUGAACAUGAUGAUGAUCCUGCCACCAACUUUUCCCCUGUAGGAGGCUGCAAGAGUGAAUUCAUUAAUGUUUAUUGAGCACCGGGAUUUCUUUGGAGAGUGGCCUUUAUAAAUAUAAGGCAUGAUUAAAGGAUGUCAGUUUGCUAACUCUCAGAGGAAGUACUUAAUGGGAUCAGGGCUAAAUAUCUUGAUGAUUGAGUUUCAUUCUUUAUUCAAAUAUGCACAGGGCUCCCAUCACUCAAUUCUGCCGUCCACUCAUGUUAUUAUCUGUUUUAUUUUCUCAUUUCCAUAUAUAAUAGUACAACAGCUGUUCCCCUCAUACCAUGCUUACCCACUGCCUCCUUCCCUCACCCCAGCUUCUGACACCUCCCCUGAGGUUACCAAGGCCACCUGAUUGUCAAGCUCAUUGGCUUUUUCUCAUUCCUCAUUCUCCUUGUCCUUUCUGAGCAUGGCACUGGUCACUACCCGCUCCUCACCCUCGAAAGUCUUAUUCUGUGGUUUCCUCAACCCCAGCAGGUCCAAACUGAUGUCACCAUUGUCUUCAAAUCAAUUCCCUGCCCUGCCCUCCAAACCUCCCUCUCCACGGACAACCCCCCAGUGCAGGCCCUUACUGUCCUAGCCUGCCCGGUUCUUAAAAAAACCUAUCCCUGCCCUCUACACUCGAGGCAGGUGUGACACAUGUAUGUCUGUGAACUGUUCCACAGGCCUCUCUGCACCACCUAGGCCUCUGGCUGUUCUUUUCCCAAGCCCACCUCAGUCUCCUGCUCCCUGCCGGUGGGUGAGCUGCUCCAGAUCCAGACACCAUAGGACCUG